AUGGCGGUGAUGAAGAAGGCCAUGAAGAAGCUCAUCUCUCGCAACACCAAGGGCCAGUACCGCAAGAUUGACUAUGGCCGCGUGAAGACGAUCAAGGGCAAGAAGUACGACCGCACGAUUCUCAAGGCUGCGGACAUCGCUGUGAAGGGAGCAGGAGACGGCCGCAUCUCCCAGAAGGACGCCAAGAUCAUCUGCCGGGCCUGCCGCCCCACGAAGGACGGCCGCUCAACGUACUCGGCGAUGGAGAAGGGUACCAUGGCCUACGUGCGCAAGAAUUACAAGUUCACCGCGGCGGGGGACAAGGCCGUGCGCACUUUCAUCGCCAAGAUGGGGGCGAAACAGGGCGCCCGGACCAAGGCCAUGAAGGCUAUGAAGGUCAUGAAGGCCAUGAAGGCGAUGAAGGCCAUGGCGGUCAUGAAGGUGAUGAAGGCCAUGAAGUGA